AUGGAUAAUCACAAAGGACACGACACCGUCACAACCUCAGCAGAAAGAGCUGAGAAACAGAGUGAGUUAAAGGAGAAGCAGAUGAAAUCCCAGCAGAGAAUCCAGGAGAAGCAGAAGAAGGUGCAGGAGCUGAAACAGGCUGUGAACACUAUAAAGCUGAGUGCACAGACAGCAGUGAAGGACAGUAAGAGGAUCUUUACUGAGCUGAUCAGCUCCAUGAAGAAAAAGCGCUUAGAGGUGACGGAGCUGAUCAGAGCUCAGGAGAAGGCUGAACUAAGUCGAGCUGAACGACUUCUGGAACAACUGGAGCAGGAGAUUGCUGAUCUUCAGAGGAGACUCACUGAGCUGGAACAGCUUUCACACACACACGAUCACAUCCAGUUCCUCCAGUCUUUAGAUUCUGUACAUCAGUUUCCCUCAAAAAUCAAACCAGAUUCAUCCAGCAUCAGUGUCCAUCAACAUCUCUCAUUUGAUGGAGUGAGGAAUUCUCUCUCAGAUCUGAAGAAGAGACUCGAGGAAUUCUGUGAGGAGGAAUUCAACAAAAUCCCUCCACAUGCUGCAGCAGUUCAGAUUUUUUCACUACCAGAGCCACAGAACAGAGAAGAGUUUCUAAAAUAUUUCUGUUAUCUGACUCUGGAUCCCAACACGACACAUCGUAAACUCAUUCUGUCUGAGAAGAACAGAGUGAUGACAGUUAGUGGAAGAGAGGAACAGUACUCUGAUCAUCCAGAGAGAUUUGAUUCCUACUUUCAGGUGUUGUGUACAGAGAGUGUGUGUGGACGCUGUUACUGGGAGGUGGAGUGGAAUGGUUAUAGUGUGUCCAUAUCAGUUUCAUAUAGUGACAUCAGCAGGAAAGGGCGGUGUAAUGAGUGUGUGUUUGGAUUCAAUGAUCAGUCCUGGGCACUGUGGUGUUCUUCUUCUUUUUCUUCUUCUUCUUCUUCUUCUCUCUCUUUCUAUCACAACAACAUUAAGACUGAUCUCAGAGCUCCAUCACCCUCCAGAAUAGGAGUGUAUGUGGAUCACAGUGCAGGAACUCUAUCCUUCUACAGCGUCUCUAACACGAUGAAGCUCCUCCACAGAGUCCACACCACAUUCACUCAACCUCUGUACGCUGGGUUUGGGUUUUACUGUGGCACUGGCUCUACUGUGAGAUUGUGCAAUCUACAGUAGAAUAAAGUGUGUGGUGUUUUGUUUAAAAUUCCUGCACAUUACCACAUUGUUGCUCAGUCAUCUUUCUCACUAUUGCACAACUUAUCUUCACAAACACAGGUCAAUAAUUAACAUGGUGAAAAUGAAGGAGCAAAUAUAACCAGUAAAUAUCAAACAUAAUUUUCCUAUCUGUAAUUUAAAAAAUCAGGUUAAAAUAUGAUAGUUUUUACUGUAUAGAUCAGAUAUUUAAUGUCUGAAAUCAUUCCUGUCUUAAAUAUGAUCUUUAAAAAAUCUAUUUUCUGUAAUUGACUUUUCCUGAAAUCUUCAUUUCAUUUGUUUAAGUUGCCUUUAACACUGCUGUGUGGAAAUGAAGCCAUUUAAGAUGUGUUACAUUAAAAAUAGCACAUGUGAUCAUAUAUAAGCUUUAAGCAUUCCUUUAUUUAGGUGAUGACUAAUUAAAACUAUAAAUUCUUACCAAGUAGUGGUGGAAGAAAUAAACUACGUAGUGAAGUUCAAAAGUCUUAGAAGAGGUUUAAAAGGAGAUCCAAUUCCCAGUGUAAUUACUGCAGUAAUUUAGUUGAACUUGAAAUAUUAACACCAUUACAGUGGAAUCUUGGAUUAAAAGCAUAAUUCGUUCCAGAAGCGGGCUCAUAUUCCAAAACACUCGUAAACCAAAUUGAAUUUUCCCAAAAGAAAUAAUGGCAAUUCAAAUUUAUUCGUUCCACAGCCCCAAAAAAUAAAUACAUACAAGUAAUUAACACAAAAUAUAAAGUAAAAAUUACACAAAUUAACCUGAACUUUACCUUAAAAAAAAAGUAAAAAUAAAUUCAGACAGAUAAGUGUUACCGUUUAUGCGCUGUGUGUGUGUGUGUGUGU